CAGUGCUGUCAUGCGUCUGCGGUAGAAGAAAAAAGGUCGGCAAAGAUGGCUGCCUCCGUACACUGAAGGAGACAAAUACACGUUUAGUCUUUUGUUAACUAUUUAAAUUAAGCAAUGUUUUUCAAAUAUAGCCUAAAAUCAACGGCGGCAAUACGAGCAUGGAAUGCAGUCUCGGGUGUGAGACGUGGCAGUGUUCCGCUCGGUCAGUGCAGCUCUUGGGGACAGCGCAGUGUUUAUUUCACCUGGAUGCCGACUCGCUCAGCUGAACGUAAUGUAACUUGUAUAAACCAAUCAGUGAGACAGUAUGGUCGAGCUGUACAAAAAAAGCCAGAAUUUCAGAGUCAACUAGAAGACCUGGCACCAUCAAUGCUGAAACUUGAAUAUGCUUCUGUUCCACUGGCUCACACGGUUGAUGACGUGGUAAAGAAGCUUCUCUCACUGGAACUUGCAAAUCAUAGUGAGAGAUUGCACCUGAAAGAGGAACAGCUGAUUGCGAAGGUCCAGAGGCAUGAAAAUGAUCGAAACUCAACAGAGGUUAAGGUGGCAAUGUUGACAGCACGUAUACGCAACUUUCAGGAGCAUUUACAGAAGCACCCUAAGGACAAAGCUAACAAGCGAUGGAUGUUGAUGAGCAUUGAUCGUAGGAAGAAAUUGCUCAAAUACUUGAGAAGGUCACGAUAUGAUGCUUUUGAGAAGGUAUGUGCAGAGCUGGGGAUCACGUACACUUUUCCUCCAGAGUACUACAGACGGGCUACUCGACGUUGGCUGGCUAAGAAAGCCCUCUGCAUCAAGGUCUUCAAAGAGGUACAGAAACAAAAGGCAGAGAAGAAAGAGAAAGCUCUUGCUCAGAAGAAGACUAGGAGCUCGGACACAAGUUCUAUCCCAACAGAAACCCAGGGGACUCCUGUAUAAUAAGAUCCACCAUAACAAAUAUUAUUACAUGCUAAGACCAUGCAACCAAAACUAAUAAAACUGGCCGAGAAAUGGAUACUGAA